AUGCCUCGUCGCUGGUCCUUGGAGCUGCGGCGUGCACACGGCUUUCGGACAUUGGCUGUGAGCUUCCUCACAACCAGUGCAUUCCUUCAUGAGCUUUUCGCGCAUGAUCGAGGAGUGCAAAGCUUCCUGGGAGAGAUAGGGGCCCCCGACCUUUCAGGAAAGAAACGGCAAGCCGCAGCACAGCGCCUGGCUGAGGCACGGAUUGCCCUAGAGGAAGCGCAGUCCCUUCAAGCGGAAGGUGUCUCCUCGGGCCUUUGGUACCAGGUGAUCACGGAAGGAGAGGAUGGCAUUGGCAUCCGCAAAGAACCUGACCUCACGGCAGAGCGUGUGGAAGAUUUAGUGAAAGGAAGCGUCUUCGAGGUUGACGAUGUUGUUCAGAAUGAGGGCGAGCCCAUUUUUCUCCGCUUGAAAGACGGCCGAGGUUGGGUGUUCGACCUUACCCCCGUUGACCCCGAAACUCCUACGGUCAAGAGGCUGGAAGGAGUGUAUGCAAAUGGAAAGACCCUGCCAGAGCUUGAAGAUGAGGUUCGGCAGGCACGUCUGGAGUUGGAUAGGAUUCGCGGAGCCCGACGAGUUUCCUAG